UGGGCGUUUGCUGCUCUUGGGGAACGGGAAAACUGAGGCUCCCUCUGGGGCCCGGGGCUCCGGGCCACGGGGAGAAAUGCUUUGGAAAAUUGGCCUUUUUGUUCCGCCUCUCCACUCCGAGCAUCCUUCGACUGCCCACCCCGGAACCUGCAGGCUGGCUUUGUUUGCCCCAGCUGGCUCUCCAGUUCCGCCCGCCCUCGUCGUCGGUGCCUCAGUUCCUGAAGCUGCUGACUUCUCACAGCUGGAACUGCGGGCCUAGGGCAGCGGAUGGCGCCCAAGAGUUUGGUGACAUCUGCCCAACCAGGUUGGCGCCCCGCACGUCGUGCUUCUCGCUAGCAAAGUUUCUCUGUGAAAAGAAGCCCCUCCAGCGGCCUCUGGAUCCGGUAGCGCGUGCGCGGGCGCUGCUUCUCUCCCCGGAGGCUGCGCUUGGGGACCGGGUUGUGGCUUUGCUCCAGCACUAGGGCCGGCGGCCCGCGGGGGCGGAGCUUGGGGAAUCCGAGUAGCUGUCCUGGGAACCCUCCACUCGGCGCGGGUCUGGAGAGAGCCGGCGAGCAGGCGGGCGGGCGAGCCGAUAGCCACAGCCUAGCAAUAGCUAGGGUACCUAGGCACUGAGAUGAAUCACCAAAGGAACGCUCGGGCAGCGCCCCAUCUUCUGCCCCGGCUCAGUUCUCGGCUGAUUUGAGAGGGCGCCACUGGUCAGGACUCCUCGAGAGGAGCUGCUGAGCGUCGGUGUCCCGGACAGAGUGGGUACACGCCUGCCUUCGGGCUGCGCAAGGAGGAGCAGCCACGGAAACAGCUGUUGCCAUGAUUGUUCACGUGCCUGGAACUGGACUCCCGACUGGGCGCUAAAAUGCUUGCUUUGCCUUGUCCAAGUUUUACGGCACUUAUGUUGACGAUUGGAAUCCUGGGCCAAUCAAGAGCCAAAUUCAAAGUGGUACUCCUGGACUCUCCAUCCCAGGCUCCAACAAGUCUAAUUUGAGACUAGGAGAGAGAGAUCUCCUAAUCUAUCAGAUCUCCGUUCCGGAAUUGGACUUGAUAGAUCUCUUCACUAAUACUUGGAAAGUAGUGGCUACAGGGUUCGCUUGGGGGUGAGGGUGAGGGAUGCUCUGAAGAUCAGACCACAACACUCAGAACCUCGACAAUGGACCAAGUUUAUGAAAUUCCUGACGAGCCAAACGUGGAUCCCAUUUCAUCUCUGGAGGAAGAUGUCAUCCGUGGGGCCAACCCCCGAUUUACUUUUCCAUUUGGCAUCCUCUUUUCUACCUUUUUGUACUGUGGGGAGGCUGCAUCUGCCUUGUAUAUGGUUAGAAUCUAUCGAAAGAAUAAUGAAACCUACUGGAUGGCAUACACCUUAUCCUUCUUUAUGUUUUCAUCCAUUAUGGUCCAGCUGACUCUCAUUUUUGUCCACAGAGAUCUGGCCAAAGACAAGCCACUAUCAUUGUUUAUGCAUCUCAUCCUCUUGGGACCUGUUAUCAGAUGUUUGGAGGCCAUGAUUAAGUACCUCACACUAUGGAAGAAAGAAGGACAGGAGGAGCCCUAUGUCAGCCUCACCCGAAAGAAGAUGCUAAUAAAUGGCGAGGAGGUGCUGAUAGAAUGGGAGGUGGGCCACUCCAUCCGGACCCUGGCUAUGCACCGUAAUGCCUACAAACGUAUGUCACAGAUCCAAGCCUUCCUGGGCUCAGUGCCCCAGCUGACCUAUCAGCUCUAUGUGACCCUGAUCUCUGCAGAGGUUCCCUUGGGUAGAGCUGUGCUAAUGGUCUUUUCCCUGAUAUCUGUCACCUAUGGGGCUACCCUCUGCAAUAUGUUGGCUAUCCAGAUCAAGUACGAUGAAUACAAGAUUCGCCUUGGGCCCCUAGAAGUCCUCUGCAUCACCAUCUGGCGCACAUUGGAGAUAACUUCUCGCCUUGUGAUCCUGGUGCUCUUCUCAGCCACCUUGAAAUUGAAGGCUGUGCCCUUUCUAUUGCUCAACUUCCUGAUCAUCCUCUUUGAGCCUUGGGUCAAAUUCUGGAGGAGCAGUGCUCAAAUGCCCAAUAACAUUGAGAAAAAUUUCAGCCGGGUCGGCACCCUGGUGGUGCUGAUCUCUGUUACUGUCCUCUAUGCUGGCAUCAACUUCUCUUGCUGGUCAGCUUUGCAGUUGAAAUUGGCAGAUAGGGACCUUGUUGAAAAAGGUCAAAACUGGGGACAUAUGGGCCUGCACUAUAGUGUGAGAUUGGUAGAGAAUGUGAUCAUGGUAUUGGUUUUUAAGUUCUUUGGAGUCAAAGUGUUACUGAAUUAUUGUCAUUCCUUGAUUGCCUUGCAGCUCAUCAUUGUUUAUCUGAUUUCCAUUGGCUUCAUGCUCCUUUUCUUCCAGUAUUUGCAUCCAUUACGCUCACUCUUCACCCACAAUGUAGUGGACUACCUACACUGUGUCUGUUGCCAUCGGCACCCUCGGGGCAGGGUUGAGAAUAUGGAGCCAUCUUUUGAUGCUGAAGCAAGGCAAAGCAUUGUCUGAUUCUGUCUUCUGGCUAUUUGGGGAUGGGUUGCAUAUUGUCAAGAGCAACUGUGAAAUUGAAGGAGAGGUAUGAGGCUCACUGGUGAGUACUCACCAGGAUAUUUUCUUGACUUUUCUGGUAAGCCUGUCAGAUGAAAGAGCAGCUCCCAAAUAGGCUUUAUUUCCAUCAAAUUGACUGUUAUGUUUGAACACCAGGGUAGCCACUAUAUACUCAGAAAAGUCAGAGAGACCAUUCACAUUCCUCCCACCAAAGCCAGCUUUCUGCCUACCCUAUGGGAUUCUCUGUGACCUUCUAGCUCUGCUUGUUUGCUUAAGGCAUUACUGAACCUCCCCCAGGCUGAGCUGAAGGGCCAGAAUCCCACCAGAAUAUAUCCUGACCCAAGGAUAUGACUGAUUACUAGCUGUGGGUACCUCCCAGUAAACAGUCUGACUAAUAUGGAACCUAUAACUCUAAGUGUUCUGGGGUCUUUUAAUUCCAAUGAGAAACUCUGGUUAAUAGGAAAACCCCCACCAUAAAAGAGCUUUUCCCCAAAAGAGUUAGCUCUCCAUCAGGAUUUUACGAGUAAUCAUUCAUUCAAGGGGCCUUUCUUUUCAGUGGCCCUUCAUAGAUAGGCACACCUUGAGGAGGAAGUGCAGAGUAGGAUUCUUUCAGGGCAUAAGCCAGAAAGACUUUUUCUCAGGGACCUGUAUGAACCUCCAGCUUGUUGAGUGGAGUGGUUGAGUAAAAUCUUUUACUUUGUGCCUCAUAUCAGGGAUUCCCCCUACCCUGGCUUUUGUGUGCUCUUCAUGUUGUACUACUUGAUGUGAACCUCAGAGAAGCUGAGCUAUAAUUGAAAAUGUUUCUAAUGUGUAGAAGAAAGGAAGAUUGCCUUGUGUCUCCUAGUGUCCUGCGUAUUUUGUUGAUUUGUUUCCUUAGGGGAGAGAGAGGUAGUAAUUGCCGGGACAUCACCUUCAUGUUGUUUGGGGUUGGGACGGUGGCUAACACUCCAUGGUAGAGAGAAGGCAAAGGAGGGAAACCACAUCACAUUAAAUCAUUGUUGGUCCUGGUUUCUGCUCACAGGAUUUUAUUUCCUAGUAAGGAGCUUAUGUUUAUCAGCCCUCUGCUCAUCCCCACACCCCCAGAAGAUGAAUGCAGGUCUCUCUUUCUCAUAUAUCUCAAUGUUUACAUCUCACAUCAGUUGGGUGUUUUGAUAGGGAUAUCUGCUGGAUGCCUCUAAGGUAACCAAAGACUUGAGGUUACUAUGGCCAUAUGCCUGUCGGGACCAAGUAAUCCAGCAUUCACCUGACUGCUGCUUGCUCCGCACAGACUAGGAAAUGAGAACAGCUCCUAGUAGUGUGUACCAGUUGCAGCCACCACACUGCUGUGAGGAAUUGUGAACACUCUGACCUAGGGCUUCUUAUCCCCAUCCAAUUUUACUCUUGGGAUGGUGCUGAGAAUUUAGCCAUUUCUCUGCCUCUUACCCAGUGUUGGGACAUUAAGUUGGGGGAGCUCCCUCUUCUAAGUAGCAGGGCUCUUAGCCAGAAUUGUCCUAUUUCCUGCCAUGUCUAGUGUGGGUUUCCCCCCUUCAACCACUGUUUGGGACUAAAAGGAUUGGAUACUUAAUUUGAGGGAGAGUGAAGUGACUUACUUCGGAGCAGUGGAAAUCUCCUUUUUCAGCCUAGCUCCCUCAUUCUGUCUUUCAUAAUGAAGAGACUUAGGUUGUCGUCAGAAACUUCACACUGUUGUUUUCUGUGUUAUUCAACAUGAAUUUGAAAGAAAUAAUUUUUCAGACCUCCAGAAGAACAAGCUAUGUCUUUGGAAUUCAAGCAAGAAUUUCUCCUCACUGGUUAAUAUGCCCCCAUAAAAAGCAGAAGCAUGCAGGACUGUAAUUUGGUCCAUAAAAGUCAUGUGAAUCAGCUACUUAAGGAGUGGGUGGUAUGGGAACAUAGAGACACACACUGAGCCAGACGGGGUAAUUAGAGAUAGAAUAGAGAUACACAGGGCAGAAAAGUGUGCCUUGGUACUGGACAAGGCAUAUUUUCCCCUAUAUAUGCUCCCCAGCUUUAGUGACUUAAUGUGUCUGGAAUGCAGGGAAUUUAGGGCAAGGGGUGUGGAACAGCUUCCAACCUGAAAAGCCUGCUAACCUUACCCAAGGAGAAGAAAGUCUAGUGAUACAUUAUGCAAAUGAACCCUCAGAAGCUCCUAUAGGUGCUGGCCUUUCUGAACCACAGCAAUUUUCCAGAUACACAGGAGAAGGAGGAAUUGUAAAAUAUGGUGGUGGGGCAGAGAAAGUGCCCCUUGGCCUUUUCUUUAAUUGACUACUCUCUUUUUAGUCUGUGAUAUCUUAAAGUAACUUGUGUCUGGGUAAGUCUUAGUGGAAGAAGAGGCAGAAAUGGGGCCACUAAAUGGGUCAUGGAAGAGGAAGGCAGAACCAUGAAGUUUGGGGAAGUGAGAUAGGCCAUUGUAAUAACAGCUAUUCUCAUGUUAUUAGAAAUUUGGUAGGCUAAGUAUAGGCUAAUGAACUUGUUAAGAAAAUGCAUUAAACUAAUAGUUGUCAAUUUUAUUUGCUCCACAAAUGCUUCAAAAACUCAGGGCAUAGAACUGUGAGGCACUGUAGGAGAAUUAAUAAUUGAUAUUUAUGAGCACUUACUGUAUGUCUGGCACAGUGCUUUUAUGUGCAUUGUUUCAUUCAGUCUGCAGAAUAACCCUUAUGAGGUAGGUAAUCCAACUCUUGUGAGGUAAGGUUAUAAUCCCCCAUUUUACAGAUGAAGGUACUAAGGCACAGGAAAAUGAAGUGACCUGCCCAGGGUCAGAGCUAAUAUAAAGCCAGAACUCAGUCUUAGACACUCUGGCUCCAGAGUUUACCCUCUUAAUCAGGACACAAGCCUCUAAGUCUUCGUAGGUCCUUCGUGAAAUUAUUUUAAUAUAUUAGUGGUUUCAGGGAUAUUUUCUGGACUAUGGCUGGGACCACAUUAAGCAUUGUUUCUCACAAACACUCCUUAUCAAGGGGCAACCCUCAGUUCACGAGAGAGAGAGAGAGAGAGAGAGAGAGAGAGAGAGAGAGAAGGGUCAUGUACUAAAAGGCCUGGGAUGAGAACUGAGUGUGUUCACAUGUACUUGUAGGUUGGUACUGUGAGCGGAGGUUUGGUGGGGGAGGAUGGGGAAGGGACUCAUUUCCCAUUCUACUUUCAGGAUUUUGUCUCCUAUAUGUUUUUAAACACAUACCUUCCAGACCCUGGUCAUGGGAAUAAAACUGGAGGGCGUGUUUCCUACUCAGGUUUGUAUGAAUUCUUCCCCUGAGAAACAGGCAGUCAGAGCAUGGCACUGCUGAAGCCCAUUCUCUUAUACUUCUUGCCAACACUGCCCUUGCUCCCACUGAGAAGCUGAUUCCUAGUUCUGGAACACACCAUAGGAGGUGGUCAGUGGAGAAUACUGCACUCCCCCAGCUAUAAUAGUCCUGAGAACCUAAAUCAACCUUCAGAGCUCUUCCAGCUUGCUGCCUCACACCUGCAUCUCACAAUGUCAUGCUCCUUUUCAUUACAGAGUUGAUUGCUACUUCCCAGGGUGGGGACAGGGUGGGCAGCUGUAAGGCAGGGUCCUUACCAGGACAUUUCAUCUAAACCCAUGGGGCUCUGUCUCUGAGAAGUCCUUUAGUACAAAAUCAGUUGACUCCAGACCCUCCAAAAUCUUUACCUACCCAUGAGUCAAGACCCUCGUUCUCUGAGGCUUUGCUAUUGGGCCUUAUUACUAUCUUCAGGGGGCACAAAGACCCAUAAUCUUAUACCUUUCCUACCAAAGGACUGGCAUUAUCAGUCACACACUUUAGACCUUAGAGCCUCCAGGGGCCACCAUGAAAGUAUGUUAUCAGUCUUGGCAACAGAGGAAAUACAAUGUGAAACUGGGAAGCAGCAAGGCCAACCUGUGUGACAGGAGAGAACUAAGUUGAAAAUAAUACUUUUCUGUGUGUGAACAUAAUAUUUGAAUAGCACUGUAUAAUAGUAAAUGCACUUUUACAUACAUUAGCUUUGUGAAUAUUGUAUCAUUGUUAGGACAAGCCCUCUGAGUUGUACACAUGGAUUUGCGUUGUUCUAACCUUCUAUUCAUGAAACAGUUAUUAAAACUCUUACUGGUGCCAGAAAAA